AUGUACAGCGCUAUUAGAUCCAGAUUGAAAGGCAUUGGUGAUGUUUUAGAAAGAAAUGACGCUCAGAAACUAUCAUCAAUGGAAGUAUUAAUAAAUAUUCAUACAAGAUGCACGGAUGCCAUUGAUUUAUGCAAUGAUUUAUACGGAAUAAACUUGGCGAUUAGUGUUUUACAUCUUGUUUUAUACGCUUUACGAUUGGUUAGUUUGUUCUUGGAAGGUCCGAAAGACGAUAAGGAUAAAACAAUGUUACUGAUGCUUGUUUUAUGGACACUUUAUGGAUUUGUUCAAGCGUUUAUGGUUGUUCUUAAUUCUCAAAGAGUUAUUGAUGCUAGUAAAGCAAUUUUGGCAAAAACCUACAAAGCUAUGAAUUAUUACAACAAUAUACCCAUGGUACGCAAACCAUUAUCACGCCUAGCGAAACAAAUCGGCGCAAGAUCUCCUGUAUUCACUGCUGGUGACUUCUUCAAUAUUGAUUUAAACAUGUUGUUUACUUUGUUUAAUUUAAUAACAACUUACACGAUUGUUGUCAUACAGUUUUCAGGGACGACUAAUUCACGUUUCUAUGAACAAAUGACUUUUGAAAAUACAACUGAUAAUAGUUAA